ACAUACGAAUAUAUAGUGUGUACGAAUAGAUGACAGAGAUGGACUGACACAAAAACAUUGUAUGACAUAAACAUCGACUAAAAAUAUAUCAUAAAAUAAAACAAACACGCACAAGUAUCGUGUAAAAAAUCUUGCUGAUUUUUCUGUUUGUGCUGGGAGGAGAGCACUGCACUAAUAGUCAUUAAUGUUUUGCUCGUUGUCGAUGUGUUUUUGUUUUGUGUUGUUGAUUCUUUAUUAUGAACAGUUAGAAAAAUAUUUUUGGUUGCUGCUCUGUUGUUCGUCGUAUCCAUCCUGAAUAUGUGUGUUCGUGUUUUUGAGUUGUGAAAAGAACAAAGAUUGUAUAUGUUCUUUAUAUUUCAGUUGAAUUAGUGAAUGCUGUGAUGCAUUUAAUACAAUAUGCAUAUCAUUUAACUGCCUGCUGUUCCCUGUGGUAGCAUUUUUUUCUCCGAAUAUUGAACCAGGUUCAUAAUUAAAUUCAUGAAUUGUGCUAUAUACCAAUAGUGACGAAGCAAAUGAAUAGACAAAAUAAUACGUUUUUAAACUAAGUGAAUCAAAUUCAAUUGACUGGCGACUAUAUGCAAUAUUGCAGAUGAAAAAAGACAGCAAUGUUUUCAAGGUGAUUUUAAUCAAAAUCAAUUGAGAACACUUUGCUUAGAAUUUUACAGAGUAUGAGUUUCGAGUGUCGCAGUAUAUAUUUUUCUGGAAAAGAAUCAAGAGCAUUCAGAAUUGGCGCGAAUAAUAAUGAUAAAAAAUUCAAUUGAAUGGUUUUGAAUUACAUCGACAGAAAAGAUCAAAAAGUUAAACUGAUAAUUGGACACAAUCUUCUGCGUCAAUUUUUUGUUUCAUUGGCAUAACGGAAUACAUUUAAUUUCUUUGUGUUCAAUCGACUAUAGACUGCUUAAAAGCUUGUUUUAAUAGAAGCUAGAAGAAUGGACUACGAAAACCAUGAUAUCUGUGAAAAGAUCAUUGACGGGAUUGAUGCGAUUUUCAACAAAGAUCCGAAUUUGUCAACCUUUGAAAUAAUCAGUGUCGACGAAAGUCAAACAAAAAAUAAAACACCAGUCAUUCAUGUGGAAAAUCACUUAGGUUUGGAAUCUUGGUGUUGUCCCAUUGUUUAUCGGCAUGCACAUCAGAUAAUUUUGGCAGCGGCUAAAAAAUAUCCACACCAUUCGAUGAUAUCACACGAAGUGAAUGGAAGUGAUCAUACUCCGCAUCCUUUCAAUCAUACAUUGGUGAAGUAUUUGAAUUGUGCUCUAUUAAUAAAUCCAGAUGUGACUACUUUUUGGAAUGCACGACGACGAUUAUUGCAAAAAGAUCGUUUGGAUAUUGGACGUGAAUUUAAAUUUUCGGCCAUCGUGUUAAGUAAAAAACCAAAAUCGAACGAUGCAUUUUGUUAUCGCCGUUGGUUGUACUCAUUUCAAAGUCACGAAUCGAUUGACUGGACACGGGAAUUGAGUCUAUGCGAACGUUGUGCAUCAAAGAGUCUCAGCAAUUAUCAAGCAUGGUCACACAGACAAUGGGUACUUCAAAAAUCACCAUUUUUACUGCAAUAUGAACUACAGACAUCGGAACGCUUCAUCAGAAAGCACAUAGGUGAUUACUCAGUUUACUCUCACCGACAAUUUGUUUUGUACAAAAUGGACGAACUGAAAUAUUUUGAGCUUGAAUCAAGCAAUGAAUUCAAUAUCACACAAUAUGCUGCACUUAUUAAUUAUCUCGCAUCGAUCGGUUCAUCGGACGCCAACACGAUAAGAAAUCAAAUGUCAACUUCAAACAUAGACUACAAGCACACGCCUGCAUGGAAAAUUCUCAUCAGAAUAAUCACACCCGAACGUGAUUGUAACGAUAAAAUCCGAAUCAAAUCGUUCCUCUAUUGCAUGAAUGUGGCGGCUUACGAUCUAAAAUUUAUUAAUGAAUUAAAAGAAAUGUUUGGCUAUAGAGAAGCUUUUGAGUGCCAUAGGCGAGCUGUUAAUCGAUUUUUAGCCAGUAAAUGCAUUGAGUGGUCAGUUGCAUCGUUCAUUAUGGAUGCUGUGUGUACAGAAAAUAUUAGAAAAUAAUAGUUAAAUGAUUAUUGUAAAGCAAUUGAGGUAAAAAUAUUAUACCACAUAAUUUGUUAUAUGACAAGUGCUUCUCAAGCCCUGCUUUGUAAUGAUAGUAGAUUGGCAUUCAAUUGUUACCUGUAGAUAACAGAUUAAAAUAUAUAUUUACCAAGUUAAUCCAAAUCUUA